CCGUCGCGGGCGACAACGACGACGACGGCGAUGGUGAUGAUGAUGCUGCGGCGUCCCCGCAGCGAACGGCUAUAAUUCCCGUCAAAAGAGCCGACUGACCCCAUUGGCCGACCUUCAGGUCCGUUCGGAGAUGCUCACCGAUCUGUAUCAUCUAGAGUUGCGCAAACACCCUUCAUCCUAUGUUGCUCGAUGAGGUUCGUCUUAACGGAGGGACCUCCUUCGCCACCUCCAGCCCCUCGUCGCGGUACGCUUCUUCAUCCGACAUCGCGAAGAGAUGGCGAAUCUUCGAGGAACGCACCGGGUGAUCUCUAGCCGCGAUGCCAUCCGCGCGCGCGGUUUCACAUUGGCGGGUGGGAGGAAGACGAUCCUCCGCGGGAUCGGUAUAUAAGCAUGCUGGAUACGACCUGGAUCCUCACAGACCAAUUAUCAUCGUCGGUUUGGCGAUACAUACUCGGGUCCCACCGCAGUGCGACGAGCAACACCGCUGGGAUUCGCGACCGUCGAUCGACGAGCGUACGGGCAGAGCUAGCGAGAUGAGACCGCAGCUCGUAAUCGCGUUACUGACCAUCGUCGGCACGUGCUAUGCUGCACGGCUGGACAGCACCUACCUUCCGCCCGGUAGCGCCGGGAGUGCAGGCGGAACAGGAUUGAUUCCUCCUGCAGGACGUGGACCUCCUGGUGGUCCUGGUAGACAUGGUGGUCCGGGUGGCCAUCAUGGUGGACCUAGUGCGCCUGGUGGUACCUAUGGUGUUCCUCCUAGUGGGCCCGGUGGCCAUGGUGGAUUCGGCCCUGGGGGUGGCGGCGGCGGCGGCAGUUAUCCAGGUGGUGGAGCAGGUGGAGCACGAGGAGGAGGGCCCGGUCAGGAGAUACCUAUCAUCUCUUAUAGCAACGAGAACGCCGGCGACGGAAACUACCAGUUCAGCUACGAAACCGGAAAUGGCAUUUCUGUUCAAGAAACGGGCCACCAGCAAGGCGAGUCCGAGUCGGUGAGCGGAUCCUUCUCUUACACGGGGCCCGACGGUAUGCAAUACUCGAUCACGUACACGGCGGACGAGCAGGGCUUCCAUCCUCAAGGCGCCCACUUGCCGACACCGCCCCCGAUUCCACCGGAAAUCCAACGAGGCGUUGAGCUGGCGCUCGCUGCCGAAGCCAGAGGCGAGAAUCAAGACGGAGGUUACACGCAUGAAGGAGGUGGCUAUCCUAGCGGAGGAGGCGGUCGCGGUGGUCACGGAGGUGGUGGUGUUUAUCAGGGACCGAGCUCGUAUCAAGCAAGUUCGGCCGGCGGAGGAUAUCGAUACUAGACUGCGAAUUCGCGAAAGUCGUCGAAAGUCGUAUUGAACACAUACCACACACAGACGUUUUAUUACGAUAAUCCCAUUUUCGCGGACGAGCUUAUGUACAUAACAAUACGUCAUUCAAGUGCAAGUCUCUUAAUUUAUAGAAAAUACGAGUGUAUUUUUUAUUUAUAGAAUGCCUAUUCCCUCUGUCUCUCUCUCUC